GGGAGAGACGGGCACAUCCUUGUUUUUGGAGGGAAACAUAGAUGAUCAGCUAACGUCGCGGAGAUUUUUAUUUGAUUUUUAAUUUGUUAAAGAAGUAGUAGUAGUGAUAUAAAUCUUCAGAGAGAGAGAGAGUGAGAGAGAGAAGAUGCCUGUCGCUCGACCAGAACCGAGUGAUGCUCGCAUCAUAGCUCACGUUGAUAUGGAUUGUUUUUAUGUUCAAGUUGAACAAAGAAAUCGGCCAGAAUUGAAGGGCUUACCAACUGCUGUGGUACAGUAUAACUCUUGGAAAGGAGGAGGGCUUAUUGCUGUUAGUUACGAAGCUCGUAAAUACGGUGUCAAACGUUCAAUGCGAGGAGACGAGGCUAAAGAAGUAUGCUCACAGAUCAAUUUGGUUCAGGUCCCAGUUGCCCGUGGUAAAGCUGACUUGAAUAUAUAUCGAAAUGCAGGUUCAGAGGUGGUCUCAAUCCUAGCAAAGAGAGGUCGAUGUGAGAGGGCAUCGAUCGAUGAAGUAUAUUUGGACCUUACUGAUGCAGCAGAAACAAUGCUAUCGGAAAGCCCUCCAGAGGAUUUGGAGGCAAUAGAUGAAGAGGCUCUCAAAUCACAUGUAUUAGGGCUAAGUGAGAAUAAAAAUGACAAACAGGAAGAUGUGAGGAAAUGGCUCUGUAGGAAUGAUGCUGACCAUCGGGAUAGGUUGUUAGCUUGUGGAGCUAUAAUAGUGGCAGAACUCAGGAUGCAAGUCUUGAAGGAUACUGGAUUUACAUGCUCUGCAGGCGUCGCUCACAAUAAGAUGCUGGCGAAACUUGCAAGCCCCAUGAAUAAACCUGCACAACAAACUGUCAUUCCCUUUGCAGCUGUCAAAGGGCUGCUAGCCUCCUUACCUAUAAAGAAAAUGAAACUACUUGGAGGAAAGCUUGGUACCGCCUUACAAUCUGAACUUGGCGUGGAUACUGUUGGAGAUCUAUUGCAGUUUUCGGAAGAUAAGCUACAAGAGCGUUAUGGCAUAAAUACAGGUACGUGGCUAUGGAAUAUUGCAAGAGGAAUCAAUGGUGAUGAAGUUGAGGGCCGUCUUCUUCCCAAGAGCCAUGGUUGUGGGAAAACAUUUCCAGGUCGACAAGCUUUGAAGUCAAUUGCUGCAGUUGAGAGCUGGUUAAACGAUCUUUCUGAAGAGUUAAGUGAGCGCAUUCAGUCCGACUUGGAGCAGAACAAACGGGUUGCUCAAACUCUCACCCUUCAUGCAAGCGCAUACAAGACCAAUGAAUCAGAUUCGCAAAGGAAGUUUUCUUCUAAGUCAUGUCCAUUAAGGUACGGAACCAUGAAGAUUCAAGAAGAUGCCCUGAAAUUAUUCCGCUCUGCAAUCUGUGAGUUUUUGGGCUCAAACAGAAUUGAGACGCAUGAGAAUAAACACAAUGCAUGGGGAGUAUCUGCUCUUUCUCUUUCGGCGAAUAAAAUAUUAGCUACACCAUCUGGAACUUGUUCUAUCUUGAGAUUCUUUCAAAGUGCUGAGCCUUCUAGCACCUCGUCAAAUCAUGUGACUGGUGAAGAAAUCAUUCAAGGAACGGAAAGCUUUCAAGCGUUUGAAGCUGAGCAGAUGACACUCGCACUGGAAGACAGGACAAACUCGUUCGAAAAUUCUGGUUCAGUUCAAGAAAUUCAGAUUAUAGAGAAGCCAAACUCUAAGGGGAAAUGCUCGAUAUCAAGCAUGCUCCGCAGCUGUGAUAGCUCUUCAUCAGAGAAAGAUUGCAAUGAGAUUAUCCAUGACACAAUACCGUUUUCUUCCUCAGCAAGUGAAAGCUAUUUGGAUGUAAAUAAAAAUUCUGAUUCAAAGAGCACAUGCUUAAAAGCAGAGACCGGGAUAAAUUAUGCCAAGCCAAGUGCAGGUCGAGAUGAACAAAAACGGGUAGCUGUGAAUGAGAAGGGAACAUGUUCUAUCUUGAAUUUCUUUCGACCCCUUGGUCAAUCUUGUUCUUCAUCGCAACAACUAGGCAGCAUGUUAGCUCCCUCAGGAGCUGGAAACUGUUCAGAGCAGGAUUGUGUAGCAACAAAAGAAGAAGGGUCUUCUCUGUUUCAAGAAACUACUUGGGCUGAGAGUGCAGGGCCUAGAUUACGUCGAGAUGGACGAAGAAGAGAAACAUGGAACAAUUUCAACAUAGAAGAGAUUGAUCCCUCUGUAAUCGAUGAGUUGCCCCAAGAAAUCCAAGACGAGGUUCGUGGUUGGCUUCGACCGCUUAAACAUUCUAAAGCCAUGAACAGCAAAGUUUCAAAUAUUGCUCGGUACUUUUUACCAGCCAAAGAUACGUAAGAAGUUGAAACUUGAAACACCAGCCGAAGUGGAUUGGGAUCUUCCAGGCCCAGAAAUUUAGUCGAGCAAAAUGCCAAAUGGCCAGAUGGGGUUGUUUGAGCUAACUGCUUCAGUGCUUCUAGAUCCUUGAAAAUUGAAAAUUGGAACCCAUAAUAAAAGUUGUAUAUAACGGGCACAGUAUGGACACAACUUUGUGUGUAACUUAUGAACGAUUUUUUGAGGGCA